AUGUCCGACGUGGAGCCGCCGCCGAGGCCGCCGACGCCUCCGCCCCCAGAACCCGUGACUGUGUCCGACAUCGUCGCCGAGGUCGCCGAGGUGAAGCCGUCGAUGCCCUCUGCGCCGACGAUGGAGGUGGACACGGUCGAGGACAUCUCGGCGCCGCACCCCGAACCAGCAAUCAAGCCGACCCUGGCUGACCUGUUCGACGACGAGCCGCCUCCAUCUCGCACCUCCUCGCGCGGGGUUCGUUUCGACCUCCCCGACGACUCGAGCGAUGCCGGGCCCUCAUCACGUCCUCAUUCGCCGCACUCGCCGCAUUCUCCACACUCGCCCUACUCCCGUUCGACGUCACCGACGUCCCGUGAGACGACGCCGAAUGGGACCCACAGCGUCAAGAAAGUCGCCAGAGGACGGAGACGGGGGACAAGUACCCCGCCCCCCGGUCCUGCGCUUAUUGGCGACCUGCCCCUUGCUUGGGACGAGGCGCUCGAGACGUUUGAGACGCUCGAUCGGUGUGUCUACGAACGGAAGGAUCUCGGAUUGUCGAGGGAGCAGGACGAGAUGAUGGUGUGCGACUGUCCUUUUGACCCAGAUGACCCCGACGACCAGCCCUGCGGGCACGAAAGCGACUGCAUCAACCGCAUCAUGUUUAUCGAGUGUUUAGCGGGCGAGUGCAAGGCCGGCAAGCGGUGUCGGAAUCAGAGACUCGCUCGGAAACAGUAUGCGCCCGUUGACGUUGUGCAGACCGAGAAGAAGGGGUUCGGAUUGCGUGCUAGAGAGGACAUACCAGCCGGCGCUCUGGUCUACGAGUACAUCGGCGAAGUCGUCGUCGAGAAAACGUUCCGAAAACGCAUGGCCGAGUACGCCGACGAGGGCAUCAAGCACUUCUACUUCAUGAUGCUGCAGAAGGAGGAGUACAUCGACGCGACCAAAAAGGGCGGCAUCGGACGCUUCGCGAACCACUCGUGCAACCCGAACUGCGAGGUGCAGAAGUGGGUCGUCGGUCGCCGCAUGCGCAUGGGCAUCUUCACGAAGCGCGACGUCAAGAAGGACGAGGAGAUCACCUUCAACUACAACAUCUGUUACUGCGGCGAGCCCAACUGUGUCGGCACGAUUGGAGGCAAGACGCAGACGGACAUUGGUGGCAUGGACGACCUGUUCCUCGAGGCGCUCGGCAUCCUUGACGAGGUCAACAGCGGCGGCAUGAAGGGCAGCCGCAAGAAGAAGGCGCGCCACCUCGACGAGGACUACGUUCCCAUCCUGACGCCGAUCACGGACCCGGCGCAGGCGAACAAGGUCUCGGCGGCCAUGCGCCAGUCGGUGGAGAACCCGACCAUGAUGGGCCGUCUCAUCGAGCGUGUGAAGUGCAUGGAGAAGUGGCGAACACAGAUCCGCAACAAGAUCGAGGACUCUGGCAUCGAGGAGCCGAUCAAGGUCAUCGCGGCGGGCGACGAUGCUGAACUCGCCGCUAUCGCACAGCGUCUGCUCGACUACUGGUCCACACUCGAGCUCAGCUAUCGCAUCCCGCGGCGGUCCAAGAUUGCUUCUCGAGACACGACGACGAUCGAGGAAGCGAAUGAGGCUCCGCGCCGGCCUCUGCGACCAGUCGACGACCUCGCGAACACGGACAGCAUCCACUUUCACCUCGCGCCAGUUCGGCAUCGUCCCAUCGCACCGCCCGUUCCAUGGUACAGGCCGCCGCGGUUUGAGCCGCCGCCCCCGCCGCCGCGCGUACCGAGCCAGGCGCACGAUCGGUCCAAGCUCGACGCCAUCAUCGCGCUCGCGCAGCAGAGCAGCUCCUCAGCCCCGGCAACGCCGACGGCAGAGGAGCCGCGCAAGCGUCAAAAGCGAGAGCACCGGGAGCAUAAGGAGCACCGGGAGCGCGAGCGAGACCAGCACCGCGCCGAGCGAGCUGAGCGCGACGCCGCAGCCGAGGAGGCGCGCAAGGAGAAACGCCUUACUAAGGCUAUUGGCGAAGUCGUCGUCCGCGCCAUGAGCAAGUAUAAGGACCAGAUGGAGCACGACACGUUCAAGCGCUACGCGAAGGAUUGCACAUCCAUCCUUGUCGAGAAGGAGAAGCGCGGCGUCUCGUACCAGUCGCACAGGCAUCCGCAGCUGAGCGAGGAGAAGAAGGCCAAGAUCAAGUCGUUCACUAAGGAGUUCACGCACAAGGUCUUACGCAACCUGAAAGCUAAGGGCAAGCUGCGCAAGGUGCCUCGGCCGGACUCAUCUUCCUCCUCUGCAGCGUUGGUCACUCCCGGAUCGACGCCCGCACUCACCGUGGCAAGCAGCAGCGCUACGCCGAACGGGGCGGGCAGCAGCCAGCUCCUGGACGAGAUGUUUGGAGAGGACGACGCGCCGCACAGUUUCGGCAGUGUGAGCGGCACGCCCCAGACGCCCCUAGACGGCACGCCGCGCGAGACGCCGUCGUCCAUGUCGCCGUCCUUCGCGUUUGCGUCCCCGCACAUGUCCUCCUCCAUGGCAUCCGUCGCGUCUACCUCGCCAGCGGGACGAUCGCCCCUCCCCCCGCCAGUGCCGGUUAUGCAGCAGCCUGUGGUGCAGGAUAGGUUUGUUGGGGUCAAGCAGCCCCCAACAGGCCCCCGGGCAAUGCAGGGUGGCGCCGCUAAUGGCGCUAACGGAGCCGGAGCCACCGGAGCCAAGGGGCCCAUCUUGGUCGACCGUGUCGCCAACGUGAGGCUGGCCGGCGAUCGGGAGAAGCAGUAG